CCGUGCAAGGGCUCCUCCUUUACAGAAUCAGCGGAGUUGUUCCUCUCGUUUGUGAAUUGUGAUUUCCAGGUAGACGAAGAAACUCAUACUGAAACUAAAGGACCCUGACAAUAGCUUCUGCUUCUGUUUUGAUUUUCUUCAGGUAUUUUACAAGAGCUGAGAAGCAGUUCUGUUAGUGUUAAAUUUCUUGAAAUUGGAGCACGAUGGCAACCUAUUCAGGAAAAGGGGCCCUUUCAAAUGGGUCUGUCUAUGUUUGUAACUUGCCUCAGGGCACUGACGAGAAUAUGUUAGCCGAAUAUUUUGGCACCAUUGGGUUGCUAAAGAAAGACAAGCGAACGGGUCGACCUAAGAUAUGGUUUUAUCGGGACAAGAUAACAAAUGAGCCAAAGGGGGAUGCUACAAUUACAUAUGAGGAUCCACAUGCGGCUCUAGCUGCUGUUGAAUGGUUCAACAACAAGGAUUUCCAUGGUAAUAUAAUUGGAGUAUUUGUGGCGGAGUCCAAAAGCAAAGAUGAUCACACAUACAACUCUGUGGCUGAUCCAAAUCUUGGUGGUGAUGUUGGCGGGUUGGAAGAAAGUGCUAGGGAUAUGAAUGGUGCCGGUGUGGGAAGAGGUAGAGGCCGGGGUGAUACUGGUGCGAAAGCAUGGCAGCAGGAGGGAGACUGGUUGUGUCCCAAUACAAGCAGUUGUUCCAAUGUAAAUUUUGCUUUUCGAGGUGUGUGCAACCGAUGUGGAAGUGCUCGACCUUCUGGCGUGAGUUCAGGGGCUGGUGGUCGUGGGAGGGGUCAUGACGCCCUUAACUCUGGGGCCCACAGUCGGUCAGCCACUGGUUCUACAGGACUUUUUGGUCCUAAUGACUGGCCUUGUCCAAUGUGUGGCAAUAUCAACUGGGCAAAACGUACAAAGUGCAAUAUUUGCAACACCAAUAAGCCUGGUCAUAAUGAGGGUGGUGUGAGAGGAGGGCGAGGUGGUGGUUACAAAGAACUUGAUGAAGAAGAAAUAGAGGAAACUAAGCGACGGCGGAAGGAAGCGGAAGAAGAUGAUGGUGAGUUAUAUGAUGAGUUUGGCAAUCUGAAGAAAAAGUUCCGUGUCAAAACUCAACAAGCUGAAUCUGGAAGAUUGCCUCCUGGUGCCGGGCGUGCAGGAUGGGAGGUUGAGGAACUAGGUGUGGUUGACAGAGGUAGAAGGGGGAGAAGCAAAGAGAGAGGGAGGGAGAGGGAUGAUAAGGAAAGCAGCAAGAGCAGAGGAUAUAGUGAUAGGGAUAGGCACAGAAGUAGAAGUAGGGAGCGGGAUAGAGGAAAGGAUCGAGACUGGGAUUACAAUUACGAUCGAGACAGAGAAUAUGAUCAUUACAGAGAGCGGGAGAGGGAUGGGGACAGGUACCGGUAUCGUCACUGAGGUAGUUGCAAAGAUUUUUGGGAUUUUGAUUGGAGUGCCUCUUCGAACAGAUCGCUUUGGCCCUUUUUUGUUGUGGAAGGAUGCCGCUUUAUUUAAAGUUUUGGUGUAGUUGGCAUCUCAAUCUAGUCUACAAUCCAAACAUAUUGAAGUUGCGCAAUGGAUUUGUUAAUGGCACAAUGUUAAAUUGACUUUUCUGAAUUAUCUUGCUAUCUUUCUUCUUUUUUUUUUUGCUGAAUUCUUGUUAUCUGAACCUUGGGAGUUAGUGAAUCAUGUUCCUCUUUUGUCUUUGAAUGGAUAGCCGUAGAGAGACCCCACGGCUUCAAGUUUU